CGUCGCGUCUGCGCAGACGCUUGGCGCAGAGGCCUGGCGGAAGCCAAGAUGGCGCGGAAGAGGUCUGCAGGCCGCGCUUGGCGCUUUCUCCGCGUCUGAGCCGAGUUCUUUGGAAGGGACUGAGGCAGACGCCCUGCGUGCCGCGAUGGCUCGGCAUCGGAACGUCCGAGGAUAUAACUACGAUGAAGAUUUUGAAGAAGAUGAUUUGUAUGGCCAGUCUGUGGAGGAUGAUUAUUGUAUUUCACCAUCAACAGCUGCUCAGUUUAUUUACUCACGACGUGACAACCCUGUAGAAGAAUAUGGUUAUGAAGAUCUGAAAGAGUCUUCUAAUUCUCUUUUGAAUCAACAAUUAAGUGAACUUGACCAAGCUCGUCUGUACUCAUGCCUUGAUCACAUGCGAGAGGUACUGGGAGAUGCUGCGCCUGAUGACAUACUGAUUGAAGCAAUUCUGAAAAACAAGUUUGAUGUCCAGAAGGCUUUGUCAGUGGUUCUGGAACAAGACAAUGUGCAGAAUAUGAAGGAGAAGAGCGAAAGAGCAGUGUCUGCAGGAAAGGCAUCGAAAGGAGUCUUAUUUUCUUCUAAUGAAGUUUCAGUUGAAAAUGUUCAAAAUUCUUGCCCUCAAUCAGAAAAUCAUUUGGAUAGCAACAGCAAAUCUUUUGAUUGUUCUAGUGCAAUAGCAAAAUAUGGAUCACAUAAUUCUUCACUUGUGCCAAGUCACUAUUUACUUCAUAGAAAAAAGAAACUUGACAGACCCCAAAGUGAAAAGGAACUAGAAUCAUGUAAGUUAACAAAGGAGCUGUCCCUGACACCCCUGACUGAUGACGUGCCAAGAGAUCCUUGUGCACGUCAGCCGUCAGUCAGUCUGUCCCCCACAGUCAGUCUGCAGAGUGGGCCUUGUAAGACUGCAGAUGCUCCUGCAUCUGAGUGUGCUCCCGAGGAGGAUUUCACUCUGAAAGAAAUACCAGACUUAAAGUCCUUGAUGAGAGGGAACAUGGCAGCCAGUGCUUCUCGGGGUGUUCAAAGCAGUGUGCUACCUGAUUUUCAAAGCAUGCCAGUGCAGACCAUCUUGGGAAGUUUAAAUAACCCGUUGCACUUACCUGUCCCAUUGGAAAAUAAUUUUAAUCCCAGUAUAAACACUGAAGCUGGACAAAGUGCCAAGAAUAAUAUUGUAAAGAAUAAUAGUUUACCAUUUUUCCAGUGUGAAAGUCUAUCCCUAGCUGAGCUGGUUGAGGAACACAGAGAAAACAGUCCCAGCCAGUGCUUUACUUUAUCCGACCUGUGUAACCAGUCAUCUGCUGGCUUGGGGUCCCUUCCCCUGUCACAACUGGCAAACCGCUCUCCGUCUUCUAAUGAAGUAUCAGAGUUAACAGGAUCUCUGUCAUCGUUGGCAUUUUCCAAAACUUCUCCCACAAGAGACCUGGAGAAUUUGUCCCUUUCAGAUUUGAUUGCAAAAACGAUUGAAUUAGACAAGUCUCCGAUUAAGAGAGAUUCCUUUGAGCUCAGUUUAUCUGAAUUGAGAAAUCCUGGAAUUGAUUCAAAUAUUGAUCUUAGUGUUCUGAUAAAAACUCCAGAGUUUGUUUCAAAGCCUGUAGCUGACCCAUCAGUUGCUCCAACAGCAGACACUAAAGUUCUAACUUCAAAGUUAGGGAAAAAUUCCAGUUCUACUAAGGAUAGUAAGAAAACUAAAAGAGGCUCCCUUGCUAAGAAAGCACCGUUGUCUCUGGCGUGGACCAAGGCUCUUGCUGCUAGGCCUUCAGCUUUUGCUUCAACGCUGUGUCUUCGUUACCCACUGAAGAGCUGCAGGAGGCGCACUCUUGACCUCUACAAGACUUUCCUUUAUAGCAGACAAGUUCAAGAUGUGUCGGACAAAGAAAUGAGUCCUCUUAUAGCAAUAACGCCAUUUGACUUCAAAUCAGCAUCCCCGGAUGACAUUGUAAAAGCCAAUCAAAAGAAAGCAUUUACUAGAGAAUAGUAAUGAGAGGAAAACUCAGUUACUGUUGCAAGCUUUUUAAUCUUAAUGUAAAGUCUCUGUAGCAUCAUUUUCAAUUAUGGGAUCAAAUUGUGAUUUUUAUUAAAAUUGUCUUAAGUACAUUUUAACAACUUAAGUUGGUAAGGAUUUUUGCACUGAGUUUUUUUUUUUUUUUAACAAUGUCUUUUUGGAGUAAUGACUGGUUUCAUUUGAAUGCUAGCUCAUAGAGUAUGUUUACAAUGUACGUAUGGAAACAUUGUGAAUUGAACAUCAGAUGUUUCAUUUGACAAACAACUUAAGUUUUAUGAGGAGAUAUUUUUUUCUAUGAACUAUUUUGUUCUCUUUUUUUUGUAAAUGAAUGUGCAACUACUUGGGCUUAUAGUAUGAAAUUUGUUCUUAGGAUGCAUAGCAUAGUUGAGAUAUACUUAUAUUUUCAAGUAUUAUUGGCAUCAUUCCUAGUUUUAUUAUUUUUUCUUAGGUGACUACUAAAACUUUCCUAUUAGAAACUUUUGAAAUUCUUGAUUUUUGAAAGUACUAUGAAUUAUGGUUGAGGUGCAUUUUUAAUGAUAAGAUGAAAAUCUUUUAAGGGACCAUGUAUAUAUUGCAGCUGAACUAAUGCAUAAAUUAUUUUUAUACAUUAUUUUAUAGAUUUUGAAGGCAUCUUCUUUAAAAUAAACAUAUAGAAAGUGUUUGGAAGUAUGUUUGCAUGUUAUUUUAAUAGGUUUUUGCCAGAUUUCUUCAAUAGUUUCUUUACAGUAAAUAAUGAGAUAUAGACCCUUCCUUUUUGCUCCUGAUGACUGUAUGCCUGGCAGUGACCCAUCAGAGGUGACAGAUCCCAUGAGAGUGCUUAUAGUCAGUAGGAGAAGGCUAUGUCUUCAAUAGCGCUGGUCCUAGAAUUUGGGAAUCACCCGGAGAAGAUUUUUCUAAAUACAGCCACUGUUACUGCUUUUCAGAUGUCUGAGUUGGUUUCUGAGGAUCCCUUGGGAAUGUGGUUCUAGAAGGUCUCCAGGUGGUACUUAUGUCUGCUUUUCCUGGAGAGUUGUAUAGUAAAAUUUUAGUGCCAAAUAUAUCUGACCAACUUAAUUUCUAAUAAUCAGGAAUAUCAAGGAAAAUUACUUAUCAGGGAUAAUGACCUUUUGCCUAGAAUAAUAAAAAGUAGUGUUUAUAUUUCUUGCAUAAAGCUAUUUCUUAGUGAACAUUGAGUAGCUGCCAUCUAAGUAGAAAUAUUUUUUUUUUUUUGGAAGCUACUUCACUAUUCCUUGAAUUUUUUUUUUGUGCGUGUGUGUGUUGUAUUCAAUUUUUUCCAGUAGUUUUAGCUGUACAUGAUACUGCCAUAUCCAGUAUUCUUCUGAGCCACAGCAUGAGUCCCACAUAGUAUUUGUAACUGAGUAUAUCAUUGUUUAUAAUGUCCAGGACAUUAUAAAAACCAGAACAUACAUUUUAGGAUUAGCAUUAACAUUGGGUUCACUAGUCUUUCACCAUCAGUUCAGUAGCUGACUUCUGUAUGUGACUAACCAAUUAGAGUUAUGUAUAGGCAGUGUCCUGUGUAGAGUGGAAUUGUAUUCUGAGAGUUUGUGACACAUCAUUACUCCGGAUACAGUAAGCCUUAUGCAAGUGGUUCUCUUUGCUCGUAAAGCCACAAUUGUCACUUAAUCCACACUGAAGAGUGUGAUAGUAUUAUUUUACUUUUUAAUAGUAAUUUUCAAGAAGAAAAACAAUACUUUGAGAAUUGUACUGUUUUAAGUGGACCGUGUGUCUCUUUGUCGGCUGAUUAGGAUUGAAACUACCACUUGUCUUGGCUACUGGACUGUCGGACAUGUGCUUGACAAGGCCUUGCCCUUUUGGCUGUGGGAAUGUCACAGUUUCUGAGACUCAGAGGGUGAAGCCAAGAAACCUCUUUGCUGCUUCCACUUGUGGCCAUGGUCCUUGGCAUAGAGGUGUGCUCAUUGAUAAACAAACUGUUGUUAGGGUGUUUGCACCAAAUGUGUACUGGCUGCUGCUCGUUGACCAACUGCUGUCUUCGUAGCUCAGGGAUGUUGAGUAUGUAAGGCUUACUUUAUUUUCUAUUUCAGAUAUUCAUGGUGAGAAACAAAGCCAUUUCUGUUUGUGUUAUGAUCAGAUGUCUCUAUUUACAUAGGAAUACAAUAAAAUUAGUCCUAAAUUAUGUGAAAAAUGUUCAAAAUUUUUGCUUUUUGCUCUUUUUGUUCUAUUGUGUGCAUGGGUGUUUUGUCCUGACAUUGUAAAGGACAGAAUUCUUAAAAUUGACUGUCCAGAACCAGGAAUUCAUUCAGUACAGAACACUUAGCUUUUCCUUUUUUCCCAUUUACGUUCUCACCUGUUUAUCUCCUUGGCUUUCAACCUUUCUUUCUUGCGGUAUCUGGGCCAUCUUGCAUCUAGUUGUGACCCCAAUGAUAAUGUCAGAAAGGUGCUUUGGAUAUAAAAGGAAGCACUAAAGAUGAUACAGUGCAGAGAAAAAGAACAAGUUUGUAAAUGGCUGCUAUUUUUUAGAUUGGCCUUGAACCUAUAUUUGGAUUAUUAAAUUUUGGAAAAAUGAUGUAUCAUCAAUUUUCUCUUAUGUCCACAUAUAUAUACACACACACAAUAUAUAUAUAUUUGUUGAUAAAAUUUAUUUAUAGUAAAUAUAUAAAUAUUUGUUUAUAAAAUGAGUUCUGUAGUAGCUUAGAAAUUGUUUUCUGUUAUUUUAAUAAUGGAAUGUGUGUAAACAAAGAUAAUGUUGGCUAGAAAGGGAAGAAUUAAUAGGAAUUUCUCUUACGUUUGUACCUAUAAUUAUAUAAAACUUGGUAAUUGUGUAAGUGAUUUUCAGGCUGUUGGAAACAUGUCACAUUCUGAGUGUAUAUGUACAUUUUUAUAAAAGCUAUGUUGAAAGAAAUUACAACAUAGGUUUUCUUACCCAUGAGAAGUUUCUAUAGAAAUUUGAUACUUCAGAAUGGUAUUUUGUAAUUAAUGUGGAAAGUACUACUGUUUCAUGUCUCUAUAAAUGAACUAAAAACAGUC